CAGGUGGACACAGAUCGGCUAGCAGAAAGCCCAUGUCCUCUAAACAUCAAUCCACAGGCCCCAGAGCCAAGGACCACCAACCAUCAGCCCAUGAGAGUCUGCCACCCCCAGAGGCCAAUGCCGAAGCCAUCCAGUUCCUCAGCAACCUCGACCAGGAGGAGCUGCAGAUGCUGCUGUUCCCUGAGACCCUGGCCAUGGUCUCGGACAAGGGGGAGCCUCAAGGAGAGCUGACCAUUGAGGUGCAGAGAGGGAAACACAAGGACGAAUUUGGUGUUAUGUCGCACUGCCUCCUCGUGCACGCCUUUAGCCGGGGCUUCAUGGACAAAAUGCUCUGCGGAAACUCCCUCCUGGGCUAUCUCUCGUGGGACCUGCAUAUCAUGGAACAACAUACCCAAGAGUUUAUCAAGUUCCGCAUCCUCCCCAUGGAGAGGAAGAUGAGUCUGGUGAAGCAGGAUGACCAGCUGGCCAUGACCAGAAGUGUCAAGGAGGGUGAGGAAGUGAAGACCAAAAGGGCUUUUUUCCCCUGGAGCUCAACUGAAGGCUUUGUCUCCGAGGCCGCCAACCUGGUGCUGCUGAGGGUGAUGGCCUGGCGGCAGCUGGUGCCCAGCAACGCCCGUUUCCUGGCCUUGGACACAGAGGGCAAACUCUGCUAUUCCACCUACCAAGCCCUGGGCACCCAGACGAUCCAGGUGGGCCGCCAGCAAGUGGAUGUGUUCAUCGUGGAGCAGACGGUCCACUCCGACGAAGGCAUCCCCAGUUCCUGCCAGUUCUACCUGCUCUCUGAUGGGCAUCUGGCCAAGAGAAUCCAGGUGGGCUCCCCGGGGUGCUGCAUGAUCACCAAAAUGCCUAUCUUGAGGGAAAAGGAUGAGAUCGAGCCCCGCCCGGUAUUUGAGAAGCAGCCCCUGGUGUGGGAGGACGAUAUGGAGCUCUACUCGAGAUUCGUUGACCGGAAGGAGGAGCUGCGUCUCAGCCACGCCAGCUACCUGCGGCGGCACCCCGAGGCCCCGGCGCUCGUCUCGGACUUCCUGCUCUUCCUGCUCCUGCGCCAGCCGGCCGACGUGGUCACCUUCGCCGCCGAGUACUUCGGAGCCUUCGCGAAGCGCAACCCGCCGACCCCUGCCUUGCGCUCCUCCGGCCGGCCCAGCCCCUUCCGCUCGCUGGACCCCGAGCGCCCCACGGACUAGGGCUGGCGGGGCGCAGCGUGCGGGGACUGGGCAGGAAGCCGGGGCAUCCCUGUCCCUGCAGGGGACGCAGAGGGACUCGCUCCGGAAGCGCGCCUUUCGGGCUGCGGUUUUUUGCGGGGAAUUAAAGGGGCGCCUCCGCGGUUCCGCUGUGAGUGCCAGAACCUUCCCUGGCCAGUCUUGCGUCUUGGCUAAAAAGAGGAACUGUAACAGAGUUUGUCUGCGAAU